AUGGCUUCUGGACUUUGUGUGAGCCUUUGGGCACAUGCUGAGGCUCUGAGCUACAGAAGUGGAGGCUCCAGUGGAGUUGCACCGUACUUUAAGUCACCCAGUGCUUUGCUCGGAGACCAAAAUCCAGGUUUAGCCUCUUCCAGUUACGAGAGCUCUGCACAGGCUGAUGGAUCUCAAGGUGGCUCUGGACCCAGUUACCCUGAAGGUGGCUCAUCUGAUGAACUGGAGCCUGCUGGUGCUGGCGGUGAUACUGGUUAUUAUGGAAGGCAAGUAGAUGGUAACAGUCAGGAAAGAAGUGUUUCUAGUUACAGGCCUGACCCAAUAAUUCCUUCAAAACCCAAAGAGAACCUGAUGCAGCCAAGUCACCAAGCUAUCCUUCAGACCAAAAAGGGCAUGUGGAAUUUGUUUUCCAAUAAUGGAAACGCAUUUCAGUUAGGCGAAGUUUCAAGUCCUGGAAUAAUGACAGACUAUGCGCCGUCGAGCUACCAGCCCAAGCCCCAGCAGCCGUCGAGCUACCAGCCCAAGCCCCAGCAGCCGUCGAGCUACCAGCCCAAGCCCCAGCAGCCGUCGAGCUCCAAGCAGCGCCGCGCCGAUUAG